AUGGCUAUUUCUGAUAAAGAUAAACUGCGCUUGGAUGAGGUACCGAAUGAUCCGAAAAAAUCAACCGCUAAUGUUGCUGACACAGUCAGUGCUCUCAAGAGCCCAGCAUUGAUAGAAUCAGCAACGAACGUGAAGGCAAAAGAAUCGAAAACCCCACCAAGGAAAGAUUCAGACGGGAGCUCGUCUGAGACAACAAGUUCGAGUAGUACGACAAGUGACAGUAAAAGUCAAAGCGUUUCACCAAAUAUUAUUCGAAACCCGUCGAUGUCGUUGCCCCCACUCAAGAGCACCACAUCACUAAACACAACGAAUCUUCCGUCAAUCCCGACCAAAUCGCUGAAUCCCAUCGCAUCAUCUGACCCAAACGCUUUCUCGAAACGUCUCAACGCCUUUCUCAAAGUGCAUUCAAAGUCUGAGGAGGACAGUGCCGAUGAAGUAGAAGAGGAAGAAAUCGAAGAGGAAAUCAACGUUGACGAGUUACUGCAGUCGAAUGGUGAAGAUGACAACGACAGUAUUUCAUUUUAA